AUGGGGGCGCGCCGCAGGCGGAGCGCGCUCGCAACGAGCGGAGGGGGCUGCAACCGGCCACGCGCCCAGCACCUGCAGGCGCAUGGGGGCAGGACGAUGGGCGAUUGGGCCGAUGGCUCGAGCGUCCGGCUUUUGGAGGGCGGCGGCGGAGGGGCGGCGACCGGCAAGUGGCAGGGGCCGGUGCCGUACGGACCGCUGGGAGGCCCAAAGGGUUUUGGGAAGCGCGUGCUUCCGCCUCGACGUGCACGCGAAGUGUCAUGCCAAAGGACACAUUGCAUCUUGACUGCUGAUUGGAGGAGCGUCAAGCGAUGCAGAGGCACUGACAGUGUGGACGGUCAGCCCUAUGUAGGGUGGGCCAACCUGCCGGCCGACCUCCUGGACCGCGUGCGGGCGGAGUUUGGCGACGGCGGCCACAGCAUGAUCAGGGUCGCGCGCCUGGUGAACCGGCACUGGUGCGCCUGGGCCACCCAGGCCACCGAGUGCCUGGCGCUGUGCGGCGGCCAGCACGUCGGCAGGGUGAUCGACAUGCUGGCGCCCAAGUUCGACCGCGUGAGGCGGCUGAAGCUGAAGUACCCCUUUGGCUGCGACGACCGCGCUCUGGCGCGCCUGGCGGGGUUCCGGUCGCUGACGCACCUCGAGCUGCAGGACUACCGGGGCCAGGCGCUGAGCGUCGACGCGGUGGCUUCCCUUGCGACAGUCCCCAAGCUGUCCAAACUACACUUCUGCUCGCACCCGGCGCUGAUGUACUGCAACUUGACCGACCUGGUGGCGUCGAAGCUGACGGCGUGCACGGCCCUGAGGGAGCUGUGCCUGAGCAACUGCCAGAUCACGGACCGGGGCCUGGCGGGGCUGGCGUCGCUCACGGGGCUGUCGCGGCUGGGGCUGGAGGGCUGCAAGCGGGUGACGGACGAUGGCGUCAGCGGCCUGGCGGCGCUGACGAACCUGACGGAACUGGACCUGGCGGAGUGCACCGAGGUGACUGCCCGGGGUGCCGCCGGCCUGGCGCCUCUGACGGCCCUCACCAAGCUGGGGCUGCUGGUGAACGGGCGGGAGUGGGGCGCGGGCUUGGACGGGCUGGCCGGCAUGCGCUGUUUGUCUGAACUGCUUUUGGACGCGGACCUGACGGACCCAGACAUGCAGCGCCUGGGCGGCCUGACGUCCCUCCGGUCCGUCCACCUCAAGUGGAAGUGGAACUGCUCGGUGGGGGUCACCGACGCCGGGAUGGCCGCGCUGGCGCGCCUGACGGGCCUCAGGGAACUGGCCCUGGUGUUCCUCAACGUGCAGGUUGAGGGCCGCGUGACGGACGCCGGCGUGCGCUCCCUCGAGGCCCUCACCGCCCUCACCAGCCUCAUCUUCAUCCCCGGCAGCAACAGGGUGACCGACGGUGCGCUGGGCUGCCUCAGGGCGAUGCCGCGCCUGGCGGACCUGCGCUGGGGCGGCGUCCUCACCCCUGUGGGCCUCAAGUCUCUGGGCCGCCUCGAGCGGCUGACCGCCCUGGCGGUGAGGGUGCCCCUGACGUACGACGUCGUGCGGUCCCUUAGGCCCCUCACCUGCCUU